GUUCUCAGUUACAUGCUUUUUUCUUCGUAGUCGUUUUCCAGUCUUCCACUUUCCUCUGUGUCAAUAUAUAUAUAUUCAACAUUCCAGCUUUGGCAACAAAACGCGUCCAAAGAGUUCAGAUUGAGCGACAAAGAGUUUUGUCCCUUGCCCCUACACCAACUCUAAUUUCAUAAAUCCAUAUAUACCAACCAUGGCCUCUUCUGUAUUCUAUCGGUUCAACUCCCGCAAAGACGAAUCUCGUGUGGCGUUCGACGGGACUGGUAUAUCGGUUUUUGACUUAAAGAGGGACAUCAUUUUAGCACAUAACCUCGCGAAGGCGAACGACUUCGACUUGAAAGUCAUCGAUGGAGACUCCAAGGAAGAGCUUCUCGACGACGGCGCUAUUAUCCCCCGAUCCUCCUUCGUCAUCAUCAAACGUGUCCCUGCUGCACGGCCUGGAAAAGGGAAAGCAUCUAUGUAUGUUGCUGGUACAGCCAAUAUGAUACCAACCUCAGAAUCAGUGCAGCGAGGUUCCGGCUUCGUUCAUAGAGGUGCAAUGUCUAAGCGGUUCGACGGAAGGGACGACUCGCAAACUAAAUUCGGCAUGCCAUCGAACUUGGCCACCCCAGUCAAAACCAACGUGGCAAAUGACGACGAAACAGCCGCCAUGGCUGCAAUGUUCCAAGCACAAUCAGCCAAUUGGGAGGAAGCCCAGGAAAAAAUGUCCCAUGCUACGCGCAUCUAUAACAAUCAACGAGGUCCCCCGCGCCCAGGUAAGCCAGGCCCUUCAACGUAUCAACCGCCGGAUCGGCCUUUACCGGCCAGUUAUGUGUGCUACCGCUGUGGCCAGAAAGGUCACUGGAUAAAGGACUGCCCCACGAAUAGUGAUCGCGAGUUUGACCACAAACCACGAAUCAAACGGACGACCGGUAUACCACGUAGCAUGCUGAAAGCUGUGGAGAAUAUCAACAACGGAGAGUUAGGUCAAGGAGUUAUGGUCACUCCUGAAGGUGGCUACGUCGUCGCCCAACCCGAUCUGGCGUCGUGGCAAAAACAAGUCUCGCGAACAAACAAAGUCCUGACUGCAGCGGAAGUGCGAGAUCGUAACACCCCUUCGGACCUUACCCUUGUGUGUCCAAUCGACAACAAGCUCUUUCGCGAUGCGGUUGAAACACCCUGUUGUGGGACCUCGUAUUGCGAGGACUGUAUACAGACGCACCUGCUGGAGAGAGACUUCAUCUGCCCAAAUCCUAACUGUGGUAAGAAGAUUGCCAGUUUGGAUAAGCUCUCUCCAAACCAUGAGAAGCGGCGUCGGGUUAGUGAGUACAUUCAGAAAGCCAUUGAGGACAGUCGAAGAGAGGCUGCUGACUCCGAAGAAAUGGAGGAUGGUACGAAGGAAACCAUCAACCUCGAACAGGAUUUCUAUUCUGAUCAACAACCCGGGAUGGACGUACAGCAACUCAUCCCCAUGCUCCAGGCGCAGAUAUCGCAAAUAUCUGUAGCACUUCAAAAUCCGUCUCUGCCCCCUCGCGUACGCCAGCAAACGGAGGUGCAGCAGGAGCAGCUAAAAAUUCAACUGCAGCAGGCACAAACGAUCAGUGUCGCGCUUGCUGCUGCAACGGAAUUCCAACAGCAGCAGCAAGCUCAACAGAUGCAAAUGCAGAAUAUGCAGCAGCAGCAAGGGUCGAUGGGCGGCAGUAUGGGGUAUAAUAACAAUAUGUAUCCUUCCCAGGGAGGCCCUAGUCAGGUCGUCCAGGAUUCGGCAUACCAAAGGCUCCCGGUGAAUAACCGUCGACGGAAUCUUAAGCGGGACAGACCGUCUGAUUUCUUAGAGAUUGGUAAUGGAGCAAAUGAAAACGACGCCAAAGUUGCACGGUAUUGGGAGUAGGCCUGAGUAGGCCUGUUCAAAGGGUUGCGUAUAGAUGUCAGGGUGUCGGUAUGUACAGAACUGCGUUUUCGAUAAAAUGAAGAUUCCAAAUAGGUCAGGAGUUGUGUACAUAGAAUCUUGCCGCUUCUCGUGAUUUCAUUCCAGCAAUCUCAGCCGCCACUGACAUACUUAAGUAUAUAUACCCUACAGUUGA